AGAGGGUAGAAAAACCGCUGUGCUCUUUGGCAGAAGAUGACUCAACAACUACGUUAUUUCUUCCCAUCUAAUAACGAACAAGGCCAAGAUUCAAAGACAAUGGCGCGGCGGCCGUCGGAUAGAGAGGAGCAGCAGCUCAUCCUCUGUUUCGACGUACUCGACAAGAUCCUCAUGGACUAUGUGGAAGAAGAAGGAGAUGUUCUCAACUUUAUCCUUGCAAGCAAAAUCUACUAUGAGCAGUUUCACGACACUCUCUUGUUUCGCAACGUGCUCCAUGGCGGAUGUACGGCUUUAAAGAAGGCCGCGAAAAGGGCCGACAAGGCCAUGGUGAAAAAGAUUCUCAACAUUCCAUCCAUGGAAACAGCGGCACCUCGCAAUAUAUGGCCAAGGGCGGUCAACAGUGCUAGAGCGCACAAGGAUCUGGUGGGAAUUCUACUGCAGGUCGACUGCGUCCGGGCCAGCAUCGACGAAGAAGCCAGCGAGCUUUCUGAAAAAGGAAUGCAGACCUGGAGGGAGCGCAACUACAACGACUCAUGGCUGCGGGUAAUGUUUGAUGCCAUCAAGGGCGGGCAAACGGAUGUGGUGGGGCUAUUCCUUUCUCUCGGCCUGACAGUAGAGUCAUACGGCCGAAAUGGCUGUUCGGCUCUACACAUGGCGGUUGAAAGCUGUCAACAAGUGUCUCUGGUGAAACUUUUGCUGGAAAAGUACCAAGCCGAUGCGCAUAAACUGACGGUGAAUUGGCGCCCAAGGCAGCAAGGAAAAUCUCCUCUAGCCAUUGCGAUUGAGCGUAACAAGACUGAGGUUGUUGAGCUGCUACUCGGGUAUGUAGACCUUUGCUCUGGACGGCCUGGGACGUUUUGUGAGGCUUUGGCAAAGGCAGCCGUGUGGCAGCACUACGACAUUAUUGACAUUUUGUCGCGGGAUGAGCGAAUCGACCCCAAUGCAUAUGAUGAUGAUGGCAGGACAAUCAUGGGCGACGCGGUGGAAAGGGGAGAAGUAGAAUCGGUGCAAAGAUUGCUUGAGAAUGGACGAUUCGACCCAAACGCGACAACAGCCAAGGGCUGGUCUCCGCUCAUGAUUGCCGCCGGGAGUGUCUGCGGGUUGGCAAUGACGAAGCUGCUUCUGUCUGACAAAAGGGCCGACAUGUUCCUGAGAGACGGGGUUGGGCGGAACGCCUUGUUCCACGCGGCGUACCAUGGCGGAGAUGAAGUCUUGGAGAUGUAUCUGCAAGACGGCAGGCUUGAUCCGAACGAGGCCGACGAGAAUCUCAACACGCCAGUCUUGUGCACUCGAGAUGAGAAUUGCCUCUUACAUCUCAUCAAUGACGCGAGGGUUGAUCUGAACAAGGCAAAUAGUGAAGGCAUGACACCACUCAUGCAGAACGUAUCUUUGGGUUUGAGCAAACAUGUUGAGCAGCUGUUGGACUCGGGUCGCGUCGAUGUGAAUCUUGUAAACCAUGAGGGAAAUACGGCAAUGAUGAUGGCGAUUUCUAGGCAAGGAACGUUUGGUCGCCGGGAAGAAAUAAACUGCCGCAUCGUGGUGCGGUGCAUGCUUGGCUCGGGAAGAGUGAAGCUCGAUUUGGUGAAUGCAAAUGGCGAAACGGCGUUGAUGAUGGCCGUGAAGACGGGAAAUACGGGAGUUGUCGAGAUGAUUCUGGCCAUGGGCGAUUGCAUGAUGGAUUUCAAAGACGCGCAAGUAGUUACCAUGGUUAGACACGCCAUCAGGAAUGACGACAUGGAGAUGUUGGAGCUGCUGCUGCGAUGGGUGAGAUUGCGCAAAGAAGCUCGCUAG